AUGAUUGAGAGGGCUAUUGAUGUUGCCUUAGCUUCUAUCCGGGCGGAGUUGAGAGAGCACCGAGAGCUGAUUGAUGCGCAUGGGUUGGUAUUAAAUACUGCCGCGGUGAUUGUGGAGGCAUGUGAGAAGGGCAGGAGCCAAUCUGAGGACAUAAUGACCUUAAAGGCCGAUAUUGUUGGGUUGAGAUGUAAUGUGGAUAAGUUGAAAUCCAUGGAUUUGUCCAUGCUUUUCGGCAUAGUGGACCUUCCAGAGGUCCCGAGUAUAGAGUUGCCAGCCAUUUCUGAGAUCCCUCCGGCUAGUAUGACCGCAAAAGCUGUUAUGGCUGAUGAAGAUGUCGAGUCAGAUGCUCCAUAG